UCUGGGGUGUCUUUCAAAACCAACGGAGAUAUCUACUUCAAGCAUCAGGUACAUAGAGUACAGACAUCUAGUGUCAGCAAACUCAGCUCGGUCACUAUGGGGAGAAUUCAGAUCCUGUGUCUCUUUCUGAUUCUUCUGGCCUUUAAACAGACAGUUGCAAAAAAGCGAUGCAAAUGUCUUUCUGAUGGAAAUACUGAAAGAAAACCUAUGCAACAAUAUCUGAGCAGUAGUCCAUAUUCUGCAGAUUACAAGGAAGGACUUCGCAGAGCAAUACAAAUGAAAAAGGAUCCGAAUACCAUAAAGGCCAAGUUGCUGUUGUACAAGGAAGGGACAGACAAUAAUAUGUGUCCUGUUGUGGCAGGUCAGCCUGAAAGCCUGGAAAAUUGUGCAUUUAACGCUACUUUUCCCCUUGUUGUAAUAGUACAUGGAUGGUCGCUUGAUGGAAAUCUGGAAGCUUGGAUUCCAAAGAUGGCUUCUGCAUUCAAAUCCAGUAAAAAGCAGAUUAAUGUCAUCAUCGUGGACUGGCUGUCCUCUGCUCAUGCACAUUAUGCAGUUGCAGUACAGAAUGCUCGAUUUAUUGGUCUAGAAAUAGCAGAAUUCCUCGAAUGGCUUGAAUCAUCCACCCAAUUUCCUAGAAGUAAUGUUCAUUUGAUUGGGUACAGCCUUGGAGCUCAUGUAUCAGGAUUUGCUGGCAGUUAUAUAAACGGAUCAGACAAGCUUGGAAGAAUUACAGGUCUUGACCCUGCUGGUCCUUUAUUUGAAGGAAUGUCUUCAGUAGAUCGCCUGUCACCAGAUGAUGCCAGCUUUGUGGAUGCCAUUCAUACAAACACAAAACAACAUAUUGGAUUAAGUGUUGGCAUUAAUGAGCAAGUUGGUCACUACGAUUUUUACCCCAAUGGAGGUGACAUUCAGCCUGGCUGCAACUUUCGAGACUUGUACAGCCAUAUAGCAGAGCAUGGAAUCUUUGGGUUUACACAGUCUGUGAAAUGUUCUCACGAGAGGUCUGUUCACCUUUUCAUGGACUCAAUACUAAAUGAAGAUAAGCCCAUUGCUGGUUAUGAAUGUAAAGACAUCAAAACCUUCGAGAAAGGAAUGUGUCUGAAAUGUCCAAAAAGUGGUUGCAUUGUUUUGGGGUACAAUAUCAAAAUGGAUGGAAUACCGCCUGGGCAUGGUCUCUUCCUGAAAACACGGUCAAACAUGCCAUUCAAAGCUUACCAUUACCAGUUCAAGAUGCAAGUAACCAACCACAUUGCAGACAAGCAGCUUUUUCCUAAACUAUCGGCAUCUCUCACGGGAACUAAACAAGACGUAAAAGAUGUAUAUUUAGAAAUAUCUGGAGGCAUAAAGGAGAGUGGAACCUAUACUUUCCUCGUCACAUUAGACACUGAUAUUGGAGAUCUCAUGAUGAUCAAAUUAAAAUGGGAAGGCAGUAAAGACAUUAAGAAUUUGUGGUACACCCUCCAAAAGAAGAUUUCUUGGGACACACUCCCUGGACUCCUAGUGAAGAGAAUAAAAGUCUUAGCUGGAGAAACUCAGGAGAGAAUAAUCUUUUGUGCUGAAAAUGUUGAUGACUUUGAACUCCAUCCUGACCACGAGAAGAACUACGUAAGAUGUUUAAGCAGACUUAGGAGGAAAAAGUCCCGAAAACAUCUUUAAGAAGCAGGAUAAGACAACUGACAAAAUGAUCUGAUGAGAUACUGAUAAUUCACUUAAAAGCAUGAUUUGGCAGACAGAUCCUUGGAGCCAACCACCCCAGUUGCUGUCAGUAAAUACAUUUACAGCUCAUUGAAAGAUUGAGUAGACUGGCUUAUUAACUUUCCUUUUGUCCCACUGUAUUACAAGAUCUUUGCAUUUUUUCCAUUAUCAGUUUUUUACAUCAUGUUUCAUGACUGUAUGAAAUAAAUCAACAUUUCACAUAGUGGU